GCAAGACGUGCACCAACAAUUUGUCCUCUUUUGAUCUCUGACAUACCUCUGGUACCAGGAUCCAGGCAGGGCUGAGGCCCCGCCCACCAACCACAUCAUCCUUCUCCUCCCCUCCCAUAGCAACAGAGCCAACAUGGCGGCGUCUAUUAACGCUGAGCGCUCCCCGGAGCUAACGACCCCCCUAAAAACCCCUAAAACCGAGGUGCCAUCUCCUGAGUCGGAGGACCUGAGUGACAGUAACCAGUACCAGUCCAAUCCCUCCACACCGAACCGGUUCUCUCCUCUGGACGCGGGUUCUGGGAGCACGGGCCGGACGGCGGCCUCCUCCUCCUCCUCCAACAGCUUCAUCGGCUGCCGCGGGAUGUCGUGGACGCCGUCCGAGACCAACGCGCUGAUCGCCGUGUGGGGCAACGAGAGGCUGACGGAGGCCCGGAUGCAGCAGCUGGAGGUGGCCGGUACCGUGUUCUCCGGGAAGGCACCCGGACCCGCCAUGUACGAGAGGGUGUCCAGAGCCCUGGCAGAGCUGGGCUACGAGAGGACCCCGUCCCAGUGCCGGGAGAGGAUGAAGACGCUGCGGCGCUGCUACAGCCGGGUGAAGGAGCACGGCAUCGGGAAAAGGAAGAGCAGCUACACCAUCGAGCAGCUGGAGAAGGUGUUUGGUCAGGGAGGCUGGGACUCGCAGAGCUGUGCCCCCGUGCUGAUCAACAGCAGUGGGCUGUACCAGGACAUGGAGUCUGAUGGCAGCYCUCUGGAAGACUUCUCCCAGGAGGACUGGUGCAACCAGGUACUGGAUUCAGCCUUCCAGGAGGGGGACAUGGAGACCGAGGAGGUCCAGAUGUCUAAAAACAGAAUUUUACAGAUCCAGGRGGAGCUGUCGGAACACACCCAAAAACGGGACAUGAUGCAGACAGUGAUUCGGAUUCUGGAGUCUGUGCAGCUGAAGUGGGAGCACUUCCAGACCUGGACCGAGUUCUCCCGGCUGCACCUGUCCAACAAACUAGCCAUCUUUGGCGUGGGCUACAACACGCGCUGGUGCGAGGACGUGCGCUACCACCACGCCGAAAUCAGUUCCCAGGUGCCGCUGGGGAAACGMUUACGGGAGUUCUUCAACCCGGAGAUGCCGGAGGGCCGGGUCAUCAUGACCAAAGUUCAGAAGAUGAACUGGAAGAACGUUUAUUACAAGUUCCUGGAUAUCACCAUCAGCGAGGCCCGCUGCCUGGAGCUCCACAUGGACGUGGACUGGCUUCCUGUGUCCCAGUCCCAGCUGACGGGCUGCAGCAAGCUCUCGUCCCACUACCUCCUCCCUGGAGACCUCCCCAGGACUCAUGGACUCUAUGCUAUUGGUUAUGAAGCCUUGUUAGCCUGUAACACCACCACUCAGACCUCCCCCCAGGCUGAACCCGAGGAGGGCUGCAUACCUCCYAGCGAGGCGGAAAAUGGGUCGGAACAGUCCGAUGCAGGGGCAAGCCAGGGGGACAGGACUGGACCAAAGGUCACUUACUGCUACCUGGGCAUAGCCGAGGACCGGACCAUACAGCAGGGUCUCUUCCAGCACUUUCAGGGAUGUGGGAAACACUCUGUCCACGGGAGGACCUCCGGCGUGACUCGGUUCCUGCAGGAGAACUGUCGUCGAGCCGGAACAAGUCAGGAUCACGAGAGCAGCCGAAACCCGCCUCGUUUUGCUAUUUACAUGAAAUUCAUUGAAGUGGAACUGGACUUCCUGUCUGCAGGCUCCCUGGUGGAGUGCCUGGAAACUGCUGUGGGUUAUUCCUUAAAAUUCAACAACAGAGAAGCAUUGUAGCUACAGGCAAACACCGCUGAAAGAAAGGGGACCACAGGUCAUGAUUGUUACUUCAUCGCUGGUGAAUCUAUUUUCACACAAAAUAACUGUUUAUAGAACAACUGUUCACUGUCAUUUACCUAAAGAACAUGAGUUAGGGUUGGGCGAUGGGCUAAAUGUUUUUCAUGAUAACUUCUGAGUUUUUUGUUUUUAAAGAAGAGAAAUGUGGUAAACGGUUGGUCAACAUGUGGGARCAGUGCCUCCAGCUCUGGGCUGAUCUGAACUCUUGGUUCUGGCAGAGUCAGCAACAAGUUUUAGACCGUCUCUAAAGUUUUUUUGAUAACAAACUCCAAAGCUCGGUUCAGGUGUUCAAACUUAUGGGUCUGGUCUUUCAACGUGGCACAGAACUGGUUUAACAUUGUGUCACUGUAAUCACCAUCAGUCUCUCCAUCCCUCGGUGAACCUGGUACCAUAAAGUGGCUCUUGUCCAGGCAAGGUUUCACCUCAAGUCCCAACAAGGAAGGAUUCAGCCAUGAACUCUGUGUGUGGACCUUCUGAGCCCUCCUGCAGACCCAUGAGUCUGAUAUUAUUCUACCGAGA